AUGUCCUUCGGGAGUGGCAUUCAGCAGGGGCGCAUUACCCUCACGGUGCAUCGCGCGGAGUCCCUCGUCGCCCUCAACAAUGAUGGCAGCUCGAAUCCCUACGUGACGGCCACGAUUGGCAAGCAGUCACAGGCAACUGCUGUUGUCCGCGGCACAACGAACCCGUCCUUUGACUCCAUCCUCACCUUCACCGCUUGCCCCUUGCCGACCAUUCUGACGCUGCGGGUUCUCAACAAGGCAAUGUACGGAGAGACGGAGGAGCUGCUCGGCAGCGCCACGCUGACGCUCUUCUCAGCGUUGCCCAUGACACGCCGCACGCUGCCGCUCGGGCAUGGCGGUAAUGUGGCGCUCUCGCAAAAGGCUCGUGAUGGAUGCGGCUCACUGGACAUAUCUUACGAGGUUGCCAUCAUGACGCCAGGCGAGUUGGCGGCGCAGACUCAACAGCAUGUGGCCAAUGAUGACCUUCCAGCGUUUUUGCGCGAAGAUAAUGGAGCUGGGAAGCUCACCUCGGCGUACGCUGCAGUAGGAAAAGAGGAAUUCACGUCCGCGCCCGUGCUUUCGACGCAACCCGUGUUUCCAACUUCCUCCAAUGGGCCUCUUGAAGUUCCACAGGUGUCACAGCCACAACGCCCCGUGCAACCUGUACCCACCCAACCGCCGCAGCCUCCUUCGAUGCCCGCCGCAACACAACCGCUACCGCCACCGCUGCAGCAGCCAGGCGUCGUUAAUCCGGUGAAUGAGAUACUUGGGGUGGUUGCGACCCAACCUCCAUCGCAUAAUUCCAGUGAACUUGUGACGCCGCAUAACCCCGUUGUGAUUGCCUCACUACCGCCGUCGAAUAUGGUACCACUGCAGCAGUUGCCCACCACCCCGUCCUUUUCAGUCGCAAGAAGUAUGGAGUUGCCAAAGGCGCCCGCUUUUUCCAGCGCUCAAUACCCAAUCGCUGCUACUACUCCGCAUAUUUCCUCUGGGCCGUCACUGCAUGUUAUGCAGCCAGUUGUGCACACAGCCUCGUCGCUAGAUGAUCCUGGAAAUGCACAGCAGGUGGGGACUGCAAGCGGCGUCGUGGAGGGGGGAGAUACUUCCCUGCAGGUGCCACCUCCUCCGUCACAGCUAGCCGUCCGAUUCACGCCAGUUGCAACGUCCCCUUCAGUGAAUGGCAGUCUAACACCCAAUUCAACUUUUGCCUCGUCCUCUACCACCACUACUAGUUGCCCCCGACCCCAACAGCAGCCUUCUGCGCAGAUUCAGCAGCAAGAGCUUUUGAAUUCUUUACCUCUCGCGGUAACAGCUGGAGUAACACCACCGCCACCGGCACCGGCACCAUUAACGUCACCGUUGAACUACGUUGCAGGAGCGGGAGUUGCGCCCGCAGCUGCUCCUACUAACACGACUGCUGCGGAAAGGAAUAAUGACAAACCCAAAAAAAAAGUGACUGUCAUGACGUAUGCGAGGGAGGAGUGUACAGGGAGUACUGCGGCGGCGGCAGCAACUACGGCGACGACUACCAAUACUCCAGCUGCGAAAAGGGCAGCAGUGAAGGCAGCACCCCUGGCUAAUCGUGGAGUUCAUCACACGGCGGUAAUUCCUGUGCGGGAGACCCGUCGCUCUGUAUCUUUAAAUGGCCCUCGUUCCUCCUCCCGCGGACGUGCGCAAACCCAGGCGGCGACGCCUGGCAUUGCUCACACCUCCCCCGGGUUGUACCAAUGGCCUGAAGAGCUUCUCGCGGCUGCUGCGGAGGGGAACACUGCCUUGUUUCAAAAGCUUCGGGAUGAUGAUCCGCUACUGUCGCGUGGCUUUGAAAAUGUGCGGGACUAUUCAGGUCGCACCAUCUUACAUAUUGCCGCGUGGUACGGUCACACGGAUAUCCUAAAGGCACUCCUGCAGGCAUCACCGUCGGUGCCAAUGAUAGAGCUACGGGCCCUGCGAUCUCACAACGGCAACACCAUUUUGCACAGCGCGGCGCAGGGCGGUCGGGCGGAUGUUGUUCAGUGGCUGCGCUUUGGGCACCCGGCGACCGGGUUGUUGAUGGGGCUGCGCAACGUGCACGGCUUUACCGCCACCGACUGCGCUCGGGAGGCUGGCUUUACAGAUGUUGCGGUGAUGCUUGACGAAUCGUAG